UUACUCUUCUUUCAGAUAUUAAUCAAAUCUCUGUUUGUGUACAUUUGUUAGUUUCGCCCAUUUGUCGGUUCACGAUCGAAUUCUGUUUACGUUCGGUGGCUGACGCUAUAAAAAUAUUGUCAGGACAAAUUUUAGUUUUAAGGAUGGAUAAUCCGUUGCAGUCCCAGCAACAGGGCGACCGAGAGAAAUCCGAAAAGGUGAAAAUUGCAAACCAAGCCAAGCACAUACCGAAGGAUGCUCAGGUCAUUAUGUCUAUUUUGAAGGAACUUGGCGUCACCGACUAUGAACCAAGGGUCAUCAAUCAACUGCUGGAGUUUACUUACAGAUACGUAACGUGCAUCUUGGAUGAUGCAAAGGUAUUUGCUAAUCAUGCCCGGAAAAAAGUUAUCGAAUUGGACGACGUAAAAUUGGCCACACAAAUGAUACUGGACAAGGCUUUUACCAGCCCGCCUCCGCGAGACGUUCUGUUAGAAAUAGCACGUAAUCGAAACAACACUCCGCUGCCAUUGAUAAAAACCCACUGCGGUCUACGAUUGCCGCCGGAUCGUUAUUGCCUUUCGGCUUGUAACUAUAAACUGCGUGCUGCACAACAAGCGAAAAAGAUGACAAAAUCCGCAAUCGAAAGCCGCUCGUCUAUAAAGUCAAUCGUAGGAAAGAGCACAGGAGGGAUAGUUACUGGAGUAAAACGACCGGCCGUUCAGUCAACCCCGAAAACGCAGGUCGUGGCGAUUCCAAAGCCGGUGUUUAAGUUCACAGCAGCGAAAACAGCUAUCGCGAAGACGGCUAAAAACACAACUGUGGGUGGCGAGGGACCGAGCACGAUCGAAAUAAAAACUGAAGUUGAAGAUCCACUGCCUUUUGGCGUUAGUGACACAGAUUCCGGAAGCGUAAAGCGAAAACGAGAGGAAGACGAUUUUGAAAUAGUUCAAUAAAGAGCAAUAUAAAUCAAACCUUACAAUGUCCUUAACCUGACAUGAAGCUUACGCAAAUAGGUUGUCGUUGCAAAUAAACAUACAAACCUCACAA